CAAAGAUGUGCUUGAGUUAUGAGCAGGCUGAAUGAACUACUUGAACGAGAGCAAGAAUGACGAAAACACAACAAACACCCAGAUUAUUACACAACUCCAAUCUAGAAACUCAAUUACUGGCAAUCAAUAAGACUGUAUCGAAGAACACGGUCAACGCUAGACGUCACGACCAAAAUCUAGACAACUCAUACCGCCAGUUCGACCAACUCCCACCAAGUUAUCUCAGCCGAUCAUACCAAAACCUCGGAGGAACGUCGCACCACUAGACGAAAUAGACAAGAUGGCUGCCGCCGCUCAAGCUCCCCAACAGUGGGUCGUACCGACAGGAGACAAAGCGUAUCCCACAAUUCAGGUGAUCCUCGGGUGUGCCCCAGACGACGGGACCGCGGAUCUAGCGUACAAGAUUCUGGGCCUACACAGCAGAACAGCCGCUGCACCAGUAGCCAGACCCCCGGCCCACGAGUUCGUGGCGUGGUGCAACAGGUUGAUCAAAAAAGUAUGUCAAGAGGGAAUGAUGGCAGAUCCGGGGUCUGUCGCCAACCGGCGGUACGUCGAGGCCGGCAGACGGGUCCGGUCGGCCAUCCGGACCAUUGCUGGGAUCCGACGGCCAGGACACGAGGAGUGGCAGCCGUUUCGACAUACGCGGAUUAGCCACUGGGGACCCAACGGCACUUGCGACGAUGCGCCGGUCGAUUUGACGAUUGCGAACUGGGAUCAGCAUGUGCCUACUCCUGCGACCUACCAGGGUUUUCAGGCGACGUAUGGGUCUGAUAGGCAGGCGGACAAGGAUAAGCGGAAGCAGGAUCAUCGGGUGAUGGGGAAGACGUGGAUGGCGACGAGAAAUAUGCUUCGGGAUGCGAGAGCGCGGGAGGCGGAGGAGUGGAUGGAUCUUGAGGCUUGUUAUGGGUUUCGGGCCAGGCCUGUUUUCAGGUUCAAGGGCAAUGAUCCUGACUAUUGGGACGUUGACUCGGACGAGGAGGAUAUCAGGGAAGAGAGUAGUGAGGAGCAGGAAGAAGACGACGACAUGCAGGAAGACAACGACGAAGAGCAGGAAGAAAAUAACGAGGGGCAGGAAAACGACGACGAGGAGCCGGAGGAGAACAAUAAUACGCAGGGCAAGGGCAGAAGUCCGAAAGGGAAGGGUAAAGAUCCACUAUUGUACGGUGUUGAUCGGGAUGAGGAAGACAGCGAGGAGGAGUUCAUUGAGAAGCCUCUCCCUUACACCUUCUUCACGAGCCCUGUACCGAAGGGCGAGGAUAGUUUGUGGUAUUCUCUCUCUCUACUCGUUCAUAACCGGUAUGAUCUCGCAAAAAAAAUUAAAUUCAGGGUGGCCAACUGGCUCCAUUACCAGCUGUCGAACCCUGGCUCACGCCGCUUCCGGAUGUACUGUCAACUCCUCGUGGACUCAGGUGCGUCUGUGUCCAGUGAUGACAUCGAGGACUGGGGCCCUCAAGAUCUUAUACGUUGCCUCAACAGGAACGACUGGGACGCUGGCCAACCUAAAGGGCCCGGGUACCACGAGAUGCUCUAUCUCAUCGCGGAUUUCUUCGGCACUGAGGUGAUUACUUUCACUCGUCCCGAUGAACCCCGCGAGCCGUGGUCUCGUCCAGGGACUCCGGUCACAGUGGUGCCAGAGCCGCGCUAUGGGGAGGCUAGCCCGUCGGAGCUGCUGCUAACCUCGUGGUCUUCCAGUCCCGAGGCCUCUCCAGAGCAGAAUGGACAGGCAGGUCCUUCUGGUAACCAGCCCAACAGUGAGGGAGUUGCACCGGAGAAGACAUCCAACGAAGGUGCAACUUCACCAACACCUACGUACGCAGAAGACCGUUGGCUAGCGGAAGGAAGACAAGUCUUCGAGAUGAGAGUGUAUGGGAGCGUCCCCCAAGAGGGGUUUGUCCUGGACCACAAGAACCAGAAGAGAGAGCAGAUCCUCCUCGUCACUGACUCCAAAUUAAGUUACUUCCAGCCUGUCACGCGUGUAAGUCCCGACCUAGACGGAGUGAGAUUAGGCAGUCGUUACAUUAGAACGAGUCCCUACCAAGUUUGGGAACGCUGGCCGCCGAUGCCGUGGUGGCCGGGGGCUAAAUACAACAAGAGCAGUCAGAAGUGGGUGGGCGACUGGUCCAGGACUAUAGGGCGUGAGAGCCUCACCGAAACGGAACAGUCGGUGAUGAAGCCAACAAACAUCUGCAGAGGUGUCGAGGACCUUGCAAGCGGGAGGACGAUUCAGGGUCGGUACUUCGAAGCGGAGCCACCGCGUGAUAACCCGCAGAAUCAGUCAUACUAUGACCAGCUGCUCACCUACGAAGCCGACACGGAUACAGACAGGUAUGGGUACCAAUAUCCCACCCUAGCCGUCAGGAAAACUUGGAUGACCGAGAAUGCCCUAGCCGGCCAGGCGGACCCGCCGCUCGUUCGGGAACAGUGGAGGGCCCGAACGGGCGGGGCCGAAGAGCAGACGUACCGGUCCAAGGCGCACUCCGAGAGCCGGAAGCGUACGCGCGGGGAGUACGCCGAGAACGAGGGGCUAGGGUAUGACGAGGAUUAUGGGUGGUUGAGGAUCGAGGCGGCGGAGAAGGAGAGCAAGGUGAGGGCUUGGUAUGAUAAUUCUAAAAAAAGGAGGAAGAGGACGUAUUACUAA